AAAAAAAAGUCAAACAAUUUUCAUCUUUCGGCCGAAGCGGUAGCAAAAUUUCAAGUCUUAAAAAAUUUAAAGAACGAAAAAUUCCGGAAUUUAUCCAAGCCAGUCCCAAUCAAGCACCAAUUCUAACAAGUUUUCAAGCUUUUCACCAGAAACCUUCAAGCAAAAAUGCCCUGCAAACCCCUUAACCGUCCGUGUGCUCCAUGUGCUCCGUGCGUGCCGUGUGGCCCCUGUGGUCCAAUUUGCUGUGAUCCCUGCGGUUCCUGUCCGACGUCCUGUGGACCCUAUUCCCCCUGUUUUGGAGCCUGUUCCCAGGUGGGUUGUGCUCCCUGCGGCCCUUGUGGACCUUGUGGACCUUGCGGACCCUGUGGGCCUUGUGGUCCUUGUGGACCUUGUGGUCCUUGUGGCCCGUGUGGUCCCUGUGGACCAUCAUGUGGGCCUUGUGGACCGUGCGGACCUUGUGGGCCCUGUGGGCCGUGCUACACUAUCCGAGACUCCAAUAACGGCUGCUGCUAGUUGUGAACUUUUUUAAUGUCUUGAAAAAAGUUGUGCCAUGAUUAUGAGCCAUUAAUAAAAGUGAUGCUUUCCGGAAA